AUGGCAUCUCCUUCAUACGAACGAACUCCAUUCGGAGCUCCCAUGUUGAAGCAUUUCCUGUUCGAUCCCAAAUAUAAAAAUCUCAACCAUGGGUCCUUCGGUACAUAUCCAGCCCAUGUAAAACAUGCGCUCCGCAAGUACCAGGACGAAAUCGAAGCGCGGCCAGAUCCUUUCAUCCGCUACACCCAUGGCGAACUGCUGGAUGAGUCGCGCCUGGCAACUGCCAAAAUUCUCAACGUCCCCCUGCAAGAGCUGGUGUUUGUUAAGAAUGCCACAACCGGAGUGAACACUAUCCUCCGGAAUCUCAGCUAUAAGGCGGGAGAUGUGAUUAUAUACUUCGCGACCAUAUACGGGGCAAUUGAGAAGACAAUCACCUCGUUAACCGAAACCACUCCGCUUCAGGCAAGAAAAGUUGAUUAUAUUUGCCCUAUUAGCCACGAGACUCUUGUGCAGAAGUUCCGAGAUGUUGUAGAACAAGCUCGAUCAGAAGGAUUCAACGUGAAAGUGGCGGUCUUCGACACCGUGACUAGUCUCCCCGGGAUGAGGUUUCCCUUUGAGGAGUUGACCAGAGUCUGCAAGGAUGAAGGGAUUCUCAGUGUUAUUGAUGGCGCCCAUGGAAUUGGGCAGAUUCCGUUGGACCUGAAGGCGUUACAACCCGAUUUCUUCACAAGUAAUUUGCACAAAUGGCUCUAUGUCCCCCGUGGUUGUGCAGCCUUAUACGUUCCGGUGCGCCAUCAGCAUCUGAUCCGGACGACGCUUCCAACAUCCUGGGGCUUUAUAGCAGAUCCGACGUCAUCCACGGCGGACAAGCCAAAUAUUCUGACGCCGGUGGGGAGCCAACGGUCCGCCUUUGAGGAGCUCUUCCAAUUUGUGGCCACGAGUGAUGAUGCAGCGUAUCUGACGGUCCCUGAUGCCGUCCGCUUCCGCACUGACGUGUGCGGUGGACAUGACGCUAUAUUUAAAUACCUUGAGGAGCUCGCGAUCCAAGGCGGUGACAUUGUUGCAGCUGCGCUCGGCACGGAUGUCCUGCAAGAGCCCGAUCUCCGUCCCGGGGAUAAGAGUAAGAUCCGUCGGUGCGGAAUGUCCACAGUCCGACUACCGAUCGCGGUGGAUGGACAGGACAAUGGAAUGUUGUCGUCGCCUUACCUUCCGGUGGCUGCUGAGGACGUCAGCAAGGUGGUGCAUUUUCUGCAGGUGACUUUGAAAGACGAGUUUGAAACCUUCGUUCCGGUUUUCCAACAUGGUGAUUGGUUGUGGACGCGUCUGAGUGCUCAAGUAUAUCUGGAGUCACGGGACUUUGAGUGGUUAGGAGGAGUCUUGAGGGAUAGCUUUGAGAUAAUCCUCGGCGUAACAGUCGAGUGA